UGGUUUGUGAGAUUUUGUCAACAUUCUGGACCAUGACCACUUGUAGACGCCAGAAUCUUCUGUAGUUCCACACCAGGCAGCAGCUUUCUUUCCCUUAAAGACGUUAAUAAACUAGGGGUAUGAGCAAAGGGGAAUUUGCAGUCGGGAAGCGGAAACCAAACAGCACAGCGGGAUCUGACACAGUUGAAUGCUUUAUCGCAACCUGAAUAUCGAUAUUCUGAAGAAGGGUCACUGGACCUGAAAUAUUAAUUCUGCUUUCUCUCCACAGAUGCUGCCAGACGUGAGUUUUUCCAACAAUUUCUGUUUUUGUUCCUAAAUAUCAUUGGAUUUUAAACAUGGAAGAAAAAAGCAGUGUUCAUAGUGGGGAAAAACCGUACAUGUGUUCUGUGUGUGAACGAAGUUUCACCCAAUCAUCUGGCCUAUCACGACACAAAUGCAGUUCCAAAAGAGAGAAGCCGUGGAAAUGCGUGGACUGUGGGAAGGGAUUUAUUUCUCCAUCGGUGCUAGAAAUUCAUCGGCGUGGUCACACAGGGGAAAGACCGUUCAUCUGCUCCACGUGUGGAAAAGGUUUUACUCAGUCAGCCAACUUGCUGGAACACCAGCGAGUUCAUACCGGGGCGAGACCAUUCACUUGUCCUGAGUGCGGGAAGAGAUUCACUCAAUCAUCCAACCUGCUGACACACCAGCGAUCUCACACUGGAAAAAGGCCAUUUACCUGCCCCGAGUGUGAGAAGGGAUUCACGCAACAUUCACAUCUGCUGAGGCAUCAGCGGGUUCACACUGGGGAGAGACCCUUUAAAUGCUUGGACUGUGGGAAGUCCUAUAAAAGUUCUGGGGAACUGAUGUCCCAUCAACGUGUUCAUACUGAUGAGAAACCGUUCAGGUGCUCUCAGUGCAGCAUCGGGUUCAAGCACUCAUCCGAUCUCACCGUCCACCGGCGAUGUCACACUGGAGAGAGGCCAUUCACUUGUUCCGAGUGUGGAAAGGGUUUCACUCAAUCUUCCACCCUAUUCAAUCAUCAGCGUAUUCACACUGGGGAGAGACCAUUCCCCUGCUCCAAGUGUGGGAAGAGAUUCACUCGGCCGUCCCACCUGCUAAGUCACCAGCGGGUUCAUGUUAGUGAGAGGCCGUUCACCUGCUCUGAGUGUGGUAAAGGAUUUACUCAGUCAUCCAACCUGCUGAGACAUCAACGAGCUCACAAGUAACUGCAGUGAUUUGAUUUUGCUGUUGAUCACAAGGUUGACUACACCACCCUCCUCCAAUGCAUCUUGCCUCGCUGCCUGGGCCUGCACUCUCUUGGUUCCAUUCUUAUUGAUCUAACCAUAGACAGCGAAUCUCCUGCAGCAGCUAGUCUUGUGCUCCCGUAUUGGUAUCGUUGGCGUCUCCCAGCGAUUGAUCCUUACCCCCGCCCUGUCAAAAGAGUAUCAUUUUAUUUUCUGUAUUUUUGAUUGCGGAUGAAUAUGGAACAUUGACUGUUUUGAAACCAAGGAUGGUGGAAGGAAUUGAUGCAUUUAUAGGAAGUUACUGAACCUCUUUUUGUGCUUAUUUACAGUGCUGCGUUGUUCAAGCUGCGAAGGCAGAUAUUUGGAGACGGCAGGACACUGGUUGUGUGUGUGUGUUUCGAGUGAGAUUUGGCUGGCAAUAAUUUGCUGAUUGGUUUGUUGAAUUGUGACUAAUCAUGGAUGGUAACUCUGGUUCCAGAGCAGCUGAACAGCUUAUGAAGGAUAUAGGGAAAAGUCUUUGGACUACUGGAAGGACUCUGUGUCUCCCUCUGUACAAUAAAAAUACGUGAUGCCUGAAAAAAGCCAGUUUUUUUUUUCCCACUACUUGCUGCACACUGUUGCCUUUAACUAACAGCCAAGAAAUUUUGUUAUUACUGUAUCGAUUGCCCUCCUUUUUCUCCGAAGAAGAGAAAGAACAUGGAGGAAGGAGAUUGAAAAACAGAAAGACCCCUAGCAAGCCAAAAGGAACAUUUGAACUAACCCGUGGACUGAAGCUUUGAACUAUGUUAUCCAAUUUACUUACCUACACACAUAAAAAAUAUAUCUUUUG